AUGGACGCGACAAAAACACUGCCCGCGUCGUGGUACAUUUCACAGAAUCUCUUGUCGCUCGAGCAACGGGCCAUCUUUCACAAAGCCUGGUACUUUGUCGGAGCUGUCCCUCGAUUCGCGGUGGAGCGGGAAGUCGAGUACGAGUUCGCGGGAGUGUCUAUCGUCGUCCACCACGAUGGAAACGAGAACUUUGAGGUGAAGAGGAAAUCCGAUGGCGUCCUUUUGAGACACCGCUUGACCCCCACGGGUCUCCUAUUCACUACCAUCGACCACGCCGCGCCGCCGUUUGAGCAAUGGUUUCCGUCAUCCCUGCUCGAGCUGCUGUCGAACUACAACUUCCGCCGCCUGCCGCACCGUCGCUCCAUCAAAUACCCCGGCCGCUUCAACUGGAAAACCAUGGUCGACGGAUACCAAGAAUGCCUGCACUGCCAAUACACGCACCGCAGCUUCAGCGUCAAGUACCCGCCCACCUUUUACGAGGUGCACAACCACGACACGUACAGCCGGCACAUUGCCGACCCGCAGAAGCCCGACGACGGUCUGUUCCUGUUCUUCUUCCCUGUCUGCACCCUGAACCUGUACGGCGGCGGCAUGAGCAGUUUCCGCGUCUGCCCCGGCGAAAAGGUGGGCGAGACGCGCAUGGAGUUUGACUAUUACUUUGACGACGGCAAGGGCGGCACCGAAGGGUUUGAGGAUUACUUCAAGUUUGUGAGGAAGGUGGCCUUGGAGGACUUUGAGCUGUGCGAGGUCGCCCAGAGUAAUCUGGAGCGAGGCGUUUACUCGCAAGGAGUGUUGAACCAGGCCAAGGAGAGUGGCGUUUUGCAUUACCAACAGCUGGCGCGGAAGAUGGUGGUUGAAAAGUUCAAAGAGGAGGAGGCGGAGAAAAAUGCUCUCACGCCAGCAAGUAGCCGGGCCAGUGGUGUCGGGUAUGUUGGUGGCCAGGAGGACGUGUCCGUCUCGGCUUGA